AUGACACAAUCUGAUAAAUCUGUUCCUCCAACCGAAGAUCCUCUUUCACCAUACUUUCUUCAUCAUUCGGACCAUCAUGGUUUGGUUUCAAUCAUUCCUAAGCUUACAGCCACAAAUGACAUCACCUGGAGUCGUUCUGUUGAACUGGUGUUAUCAAUUAGAAAUAAGUUGGACUUCGUCGAUGGCACGGUCGGAAAACCAAAAUCAACUGAUGAUCUUUUUGUUUCGUGGACCAAGUGCAACAAUCUUAUUGUUGCUUGGUUGUUGGAAUCCAUUUCACCACCAAUUGCCACAAAUAUGUUCUACAUGAAGAAUGCUACUGAAAAAUUUUGGGAGAUGCGAUUUGCACAACCUGACGAGGCAACGAUUUGCAACUUACACUAUCUGCUCAGCAAUCUCAACCAAGGUUCUAGGGCAGUGGAUGAAUAUUAUACUGAGCUUAAUGGCUUGUGUGAGGAACUGAUAAAUCAUAUGCCAUUGCCUUAUUGUUCUCGUGGAAAUUGUAAUGGAAAUUGUUUUAAGAUGUUUGUGGAUUUGUAUCAAAAGAAUAGUGUGUUUAAGUUCUUGAACGGCUUUAAUGAUUCUUCUUCUUGUCUGAGGUCGCACAUUAUCACGUCAAAACCUUUUCCAGGUUUGGAUGAGGUCUAUAAUCUAGUUCAGAGAGAGGACACUCAAAGGUCCAUUCAUAUUCGGAAUCAUCCCUUACAUGAGGCGUCUGCAAUGGCAGUCUUGAAUAUUGAUGGCAAAAGAAGGAAUAUGAAUGACCAGAUUUGUAGUCAUCGUGGGAAAAUAGGUCACUCGAAGGACAAGUUUUAUAGGAUCAUUGGCUUCCCAGCAGAUUUUAAAUUCACUGGGAACAAGAAUUCUUUAAGAAGGAGCAAUGCAUCUGCUAAUAGUACACUAUUGAAUCAAGAUCAGAAUGAAGAGUAUUUGAAUAGUUCAGUGCCUCAAUUUUCACUCACCAAGCAUCAAUAUUAG